UUAAGCUUUUGUGAACUUAUAUUUGAAGGCACUGGCGACUGCAGAGGCUGAUGAAUUUGUGCUCACAAACUGGAAAUCUCAAGGUUUAACAAGUGGUAUGUCUGUGCUUGAUGAUCAUGAAGUACUGUUCCCCAUGGUUCAGGUUGGCAAUCACCGCUCCAAAUGGAUCACUGUUAAGAAUCCUAGCCAGCACCCAGUUGUGAUGCAGCUUAUUCUCAACUCUGGUGAAAUCAUUGAUGAGUGCAGGGGCACAGAUGGCUUGAUACAGCCUCCAUCAUCGGGGAGUUUGGAAUUUACUAGACCAACGAGGUAUGGCUUCUCAAUUGCAGAGAAUGCAGUGACAGAGGCUUUUGUUCACCCUCAUGGUAGAGCAUCUUUUGGGCCAAUAUUAUUUAACCCCUCAGAUCGAUGUACUUGGAGAAGUUCAGCCCUGAUAAGGAACAACCUUUCUGGUGUAGAGUGGUUAUCUUUGAGAGGAUUGGGAGGUUCACUUUCACUAGUGUUGUUUGAGGGGUCUGAGUCCAUUGAAAGUGUAGAAUUCAGUGUCGAUUUGCCAGUUACUCAAAAUCUCACUCCGGACAUGCUAUUUCAAGUGGAAGAUACUACAUCUGCUUGUUCAAAGCCAUUAUCAAAAGAACUCUAUGUCAAGAACACAGGAGAUUUGCCUCUGGAGGUGAGAAGUAUUGGAGUUUCUGGGACAGAAUGUGGCUUGGAUGGGUUUAUGGUCCACACCUGUACAGGUUUUCUUCUUGAACCUGGGGAGUCAACCAAGCUCCUGAUAUCAUACCAGACCGACUUUUCUGCAGCUAUGGUACAUAGGGAUCUUGAAUUGACCUUGGCCACUGGUAUUCUUGUGAUACCCAUGAAGGCAAACCUUCCUGUUUUAAUGCUUAAUGUCUGUAAGAAAUCAGUCUUCUGGCGAUUGAGGAAAUUCUCCAUAGCAAUUAUUUUUGCUGCAUGUAUAAUCACUUCCGUUUUGUAUUUCCUUUAUCUCCUAAUGACGGCCCCAGGCUCCGAAGAUUGCAUCUAUAAAGAUGAGAAAAAUUCUAUUAAUACUACAAGGAGUGCUGGGAAGUCUUCUCGUGUACAUCGUAACCAGAGAAACAUCAAAAGUUCUGUGCCUGAUGAAAUGGAUUGUUUGUUGAGUUCAAUUGGGAAAGGCAAAAUGUCUAAGCAAGCAUCCGUAGAUGGGUAUCGUGAUAGUCAAAAUGAGCCCCAAGAGCAGGACAUGAAUGCUCAGCCUUCAGAACCAACUUUGGAAAAUCAUAGACACACUAACGGUUUCUCUGAUACUCUAAGUGAAAGAGGAUUGCCAUCUGUGCCUUCAAAACCUGCAGUAGUUGAGGAUUCUGAUACAGUGGAAGCAUCUCAAACUGAUAACCUAACAGUUAGGACUGGAAAAGAAAAGGGACGAAGGCGAAGGAAGAGGAAGGGUGCUUGCACAGUAUUAACAGGACUACUUGAAGUUUCAAGUAGUCAAAGUGGAAAUUCUACACCUUCAUCUCCAUUGUCUCCGAUCACAUCUUUCACCUCUACCCGCACCUGGGUACCAUCUCCUGAUUUGGACCAAUCCACUGAGUCUAGAAAUUCAUUUACUCAAAUGGCUGACCAACACUGUGAGAAGGUUCAAGUUCCUGAACUGGUGUCUCAGGCAAAAAUUUUGAAGCCCCAGCUUUCUCAGGCGAAAGUAUUGGAGCCCCAGCUUUCUCAGGCAAAAGUAUUGGAGCCGCAGCCUUCACAGGCAAAAGAAUUGGGGCUCCAGCUUUCUCAGGCUAAGGUAUUGGAGCCCCAGUUUUCUCAGGCUAAAGUAUUGGAGCCCCAGCUUUCUCAGGCUAAAGUAUUGGAGCCUCAGCUUCCUGGGAGGUACCGUGGUAACAACUGUUAUAUUUCUAAUUCAGAGCAGAGCCCAGGACAGAGAAGAAUUGCUAGUAAACCUGUUUUAUUGCCCUCUGCCACUUUUCCUUGUGCUGGUAAGGCUGUCCGAAGUGCAUUGUGCUCUACAUCUCCAUUGGCUUCAACUUCCACAAUUGCACCUCAUGCACGAGCUCCUGGAUCGAAAAUUUGCAACCAGAAAACUUUUAAAGGAGAACCAGCUGGGUUUAGAGAUGAAUAUACAUAUGAUAUAUGGGGUGAUCAUUUUUCCAGACUUGGUUUGGUAGGCAGGUCAAAAGAUGUAACUGCUGUGAACUCUAGUGCAAUGGUAAACUACUCUGAUAGCUUCUUUGUAAGUGGACCACAGGCCCUUAGGACAAAUUCACAAUCAAGAUCUGUAAGUUGUUCUAAUCAAGAUGGUUAAUGAUAUAACUAAAUAAUUAUUGAA